AUGGCAAGCGGAUUGAUCGGCUCCAAGCGAGCCUAUAACUGGUUCAUUUCGCUGGUCGCGGCGGCCUGUAUGGUGUUAUAUGGUUACGAUGCAUCCGUUUUUAAUUCCGUUCAAGGCUCGGAUAAUUGGGUCGAUUGGUUCAACAAUCCCAGUUCCUCAGUGAUUGGUUCUAUCAACACCGCAUACACCGUUGGUGCUAUCUUUGGAGGCUUCUUCUGCGGCGGUCCGAUCGCAGAUUUUCUUGGCCGCAAGGUCGGCAUGGGCAUUGGCUGUGUUCUGGUCAUCAUUGCUACGUUCAUGCAGACAUUUGCCCCCUACCACAAUCUCGCAUGUUUUAUUGCCGGUCGAUGCAUCAUCGGUAUUGGCCAGGGUAUCGCUCUGACCUCCGGCCCUAUCUACAUUGGUGAACUGGCGCCUCCUGAGAUCCGUGGUAAGAUCAUGACUUUCUGGCAGAUGUUCUACUCUGUUGGAUCUUUCAUUUGUUUCUGGAUCAAUUACGCUUGCACUAAGAAUGUGCCCAAGCUUGGACAAUGGGAUUGGAAGCUGGUUGUCAUUUUCCAGCUUCUGGUUCCUGUCUUGAUUCUGGCUCUUCUUCCGACUAUCCCUGGUAGUCCUCGUUGGUUCAUUAAACGAAACAAUGAUAUUGAAAAGGCCCGUGCUGCUCUCCGGAAAGUGCGUGAAACCGAGGAGGAAGUCGAAGACGAGAUCCUGCAGAUCCGAGAGGCCAUCGAGUAUGAGAAAGAAGCCAUCUCAGGAAACUACAGUGCUUUGUGGAAAGACAAGUCUCUCCGCAAGCGCAUGUAUCUUGCAUUGAUCCUCAACGCUGGUCAACAGAUCACUGGACAGGGUUCCCUCAACUCCUACUCUACCAAGAUCUACGAGAAGAUUUUCACUAGCGACAGCAAGAUUGCCCUUAUCAACGCACUUAAUGCUACUUUUGGCAUUCUCUUUACCCUGAAUGCUAUGUGGAUUGUUGAUCGCUUUGGACGGAAGUUCUUGCUUAUUGUCGGUGGCAUUGGCAUGGGAAUCUGCAUGAUCAUCGCAGCCUCUGUUGAAACGCAAACCCCGACCAGCGCCAGCGGUGCCAAAUCAGAGCCUGUUGGUAUUGCGAUUGUGUUCCUGAUGUUCUUGUUCAUCUUCUUCUACAAGCCUUCAUGGGGUGCUACUGUCUGGAUUUGGACGUCCGAAAUUUUCUCCAUGAAUGUUCGUGCGCAAGCCGUCGGUAUGGCUUCGCAGACUCAGAAUGUCGCCAACACCAUAUUCCAGCAAUUCUUCCCCAUCUUCCUCGACCACGACGGGUUCUAUGCCUUCUACUUCUUUGCUGGAAUCAAUUUCAUCCUCGCUGUCUUCGUUUACUUCUUCAUUCCAGAGACCAAGCAGGUUUCUCUCGAGGAAAUCGAUACUCUGUUCGGUGGUGCCAACCACGUCACGCAGGGCGAGGAAGUUCUUGCUCACCAGAAGGGUAUCCAGGUUGCUCAUCAGGAAGGGGCCGAGAAGCCCGGGUCGGUUACUGUUGAGAAUGUUCAGAGCAAAUAG